AUUCUAAUUUAGGCGACUAAAGAGCUGGCUCCCUAUUGGUGGGAAGGAGGGGGCGUGGUCUCACUAUCAUCUUUCCUUAUUCCCCAUUGGCUGCUGUAUUUGCCGCUGAAUAUUGGAUUUGUAUCUGACCAAUCACAGAGGCUCCUUCCUUCUCCAUCCGGGUAUAAUAGGUGACGCAGAGCGGGGCUCCAUACCGUCUCGUCUGUACAGUGAGCAAUAGACAUGUCUGGAAGAGGAAAGCAAGGAGGGAAGGUUCGGGCCAAGGCAAAGACCCGCUCAUCCCGGGCAGGACUCCAGUUCCCUGUCGGUCGUGUGCACAGGCUCCUCCGCAAAGGGAACUACGCCGAGAGGGUGGGCGCCGGUGCUCCGGUCUACCUGGCCGCUGUGCUGGAGUAUUUAACCGCUGAGAUCCUGGAAUUGGCCGGUAAUGCCGCCCGGGACAACAAGAAGACCCGCAUCAUCCCCCGUCACCUGCAGCUGGCCGUGCGCAAUGACGAGGAGCUGAACAAGCUGCUGGGUGGGGUGACCAUCGCCCAGGGAGGCGUCCUGCCCAACAUCCAGGCCGUGCUGCUGCCCAAGAAGACCGAGAGCAGCAAAGCGGCCAAGAGCAAGUGAUCACCGCUUAUCCCAGAUCAUCCCGAACACCAAAGGCUCUUCUAAGAGCCACCACAUUGUCUCCUACAGAGCU